CUUUUGACGCCAUUUGCAAGAAAAAAAAUGCGGUGCAGCACUUUUAUGAAAAUUAUCGGCUUUACAGACUAAAUUUACAAAUUAAAAUGUUGGAACCACCAGGGACCACUGAAGAGGCUGGAAAAGGGAUAGGUGUUCAUGCAAAGAAAAUAAGAGGACAAUAUGUAAAUAUAGGAUCCCAGAAAGAACGAUGGCUAGAAAUUAAAUCAAAGAAAAGAUGUAAAUCAGAUGAGGAUUUAGCUAGUCUGUUAAUAAAAAGUUUACAUCAUCUUAACAAGUGGAGAAGAGUGAGCAGUCGUGGAAUUACACAUGCAACAAGGAGAAGAAGGAAUGUGUUCACACAGCAUAGUCACAGGGUAUUGGUGCUAGAGAAUGAUGUCUGGUUGCGUUGGAGAGACCUGAAACUUUCCUUGCAAAUGAACAACCACAGUCAGCUUGCAUCUGUGUUGAUUGAUACAUGGUUUGAUAGAGCUAACUAUAUAAGAAAAAUUUGUGAUGACCAACAGACAAUAUCGGAAGAUCCAACAUGGCAAGACAAUACUUACACAGAUAUGAGCUCAGGUGUAACAGAUACCAGCAUAUUGACAGAAUUUCCUUGCGCUGUUAAAGUUGAAAAGGUCACUGAUGAAUCAGCUGAAGAUUCUGACUCAGAUACAGAAAUUGAAGAUAUUAUGAAUUAUGCAAAUGGUGAAAAGAAACUGGUGAAAUUAACUGAAGAACAAACAGAAAGCAGUGUGGUGUUAGAAAAGCGAAGAAAAAGUUCUAGAGUACAGUCUAGAGGAUACAGACCAGACUAUGCAAAUUUAGAUUGGAAAGAAGAAAGUGGCAGUGACACUGAAACUGUUGAUUCAAAACCAGACUGGACAAAGGUUGUAAUAAAGCAGACAAAUAAAAGGAAAAAACAGAAAACUUCAGCAGAUUUAAAUGAAGAGGACAGUGGGAAAUUUAUAGAUAAUAUGUGGUCUGUCUGGGGGGAAAGUAGUAACACAAAAAGGCAAAGAAAAAAGACAAAGAAGAGUAAGGAAGAAGAUCCAGAUUUUGUUGUAAGUGAUGAUGACAUUAAAGAUGUAGAUAUAAGUGAUGGAGAAAAGGAGGUUGAUGUUGAAAUGAAAGUUGAACAGGAAAUGGAAAUUGAAAAUUUAUCAGAGAUUGAGAAAAAAAAAGUAAUUAAGGAAAGAAAAAAGAACAACAGUGAUAGUUCAAUUAAUAAAAAGUAUAAGAGGAAAAGAAUAAAGAAAGAAAAACUAGAUGAAGAAAGAAGGGAAUUGGAUACACUUGAAAAGAAAUCUAAAGCAAAAAAGAAAAUCAAGAAAGAAAAGACAAAUAUAACUGAAAGUGUCAAAAAGCCUUGGGUUCAUAUUAAGCUUGAAGAACAUCAGGAAAAGUAUAGAAUGGAAAUUGUUGGAUCGUUUGAGAGGAAAAAUCGCAACAUCAAUUUAACGGAGGAGCUAUACACAUGUUUAAUGUGUGGACGUUUUAAGUCCACAGCAAAAGAAAUUUUCGAAGAACAUAUAGAAAAGCAUGUGAAUAAGGUCCUGGAAUGUGACCGCUGUACAUUUGUAGGUCGCUCAGAAAUUGAACUUAUGAAACAUAAGAUUAGUUCCGGUCACAUGCCCAAAGGACAUCAGUAUAUGUGUGACAUAUGUGGAAUGGUUCUUUACACAUGGGAUUCAAGACUUUCUCAUAUGGGAAAGGAGCAUGAUGACCCUCAGUUUAAAUGCAAGUUUUGUGAGAUGAAGUUUGUGACAAGGCUUAAGAGGCAGCAACACACUAGAACCAUUCAUGUUGAUGCAGCUCAGUUCUGUAACAGCUGUAAAACUGAUUGUCAGACAUUAAGUGCAGAGGAAUUCAAAGAGCAUCAGAAUACCUGCAAGCCAGGACACCAGUGCCAGGUGUGUGGUAUAGUUUUGGCAUCAAAGAGUGGGUUACACAGUCAUCUGCGGUCUACACACAUGGGUGUGAGAAAAUACCAGUGUCAGAUUUGUCCUUAUGCUGGGAAAAGUGCUCAGAGGCUGAGAGAACAUGAAAUGACACAUAACAGUGUACAUCCCUAUAGUUGUGACAAGUGCACAUUUACAUGUGUUCAAGCUUGUCAGCUCAAAUCCCACAUGCGUACACACAGUGGUGAGAAACCAUACAAGUGUUCACAGUGUAAGUUUGCAGCGGCUUGGAAUGUUCAACUGAAAGAACACGUCAAAAUUCAUGGAAUGGAGACUUCUGUAGUGUGUUUAAAAUGUGAUAUCUUAUUUAAGAAUGCAAAAGCUCUAAAGAUUCAUGAGAAAAAAGACCAUUCUUCCCUUUCUCUGCUGUCUCAAGUUACGACUUGUUUCAAUUCAAGUUUUUAAGAAAGCUUUAAAUUAACAAUAUUUUGUAAAAUUUAUGUUUUAUUAAUUAAGCCAUUUCUUAAAAAUAAGCAUGCUUUAAACAGUAGUGAUUAACAUUCUUGCAAAAUUCCAUAUUGUUAAUGAAGCAGGGACUGUUGUGUGGAUACGCCUUCAAAAGGUUUGUAGAUUGGCUUUAAUUAGAUUAGUUCAAAACUCACCUUCCGGAUUAGGAUGAGCUAUUGGGUUCCUAUGGCUUCUGUAGUUCUUCUCUAUGUUCUUCAAUCAACUUUCUCUCUAGAACUACUUGUUGGAAGUAAGUCCAAUUUUGCAGGGAGCAUGCCAUAGUUGUAGGGAUUCAAAAUCGUACAGAUAAUGGUUCUGACUCCCUUUAAUCCAGAUCCUUUUCCUCCAGAAGGACCUCCGUGGCAGAGUGCUUAAGGUUGCUGACUUUAAAAUCACUUAUCCCUCACCGUUUAAGCUGAAUUUGGAUAGAAGCAUGCUUUAGCGAUAGGUAUUAAAAAUUUUCAAAGAUGACCCUUGCACCUUUCAUCUCAUUUAAGCAAUUCUAGAACAGCUUGAUGAAAUUCAGCCAUUUUUGCUGGAAGUGUCCUUACUGGUAUGUAAUAGUAUUUGAAAAAACUCAAUUGAUUGGCAUAUUUCCUUGGUGUGGGUGGGGAAAGAGGGGUGUCAGCUGGCAAGAAAGGCCCUUUAGGAAUAUUUAUAAUGAGGACAUUUUAAGCAGAAGUAGCCACUUGCUUCAGGAAUUUCUUCUCCAAAACUGUAUGAUAGAAUUCAGCUAAACUAAAUUCUAAAUGUUAUUGGUUCAGAAUGUACAAAAUGUGGCAGUGAGUC